GGUCCUCUAACAUCGCCUCAAGUGCCCACUUUGAGGCCCUCUGUAUGAGUGACACACCGGUCUGCCAUGGAACCUAGCCCUGCCCUGGCCUGGCUCCUGCUGCUGAGCCUGCUGGCCGACUGUCUGAAAGCUGCUCAAUCCAGAGACUUCACAGUGAAAGACAUAAUCUACCUCCACCCUUCAACCACCCCAUAUCCUGGUGGAUUUAAAUGUUUUACCUGUGAAAAGGCAGCAGACAAUUAUGAAUGCAACCGAUGGGCUCCUGACAUCUACUGUCCUCGAGACACCAGAUACUGCUACACUCAGCACAUCAUGGAAGUCACAGGACACAGCAUCUCUGUCACCAAACGCUGUGUCCCACUGGAGGAGUGCUUAUCCACGGGCUGUCGGGACUUGGAGCAUGAAGGCCACAAGAUCUGCACCUCCUGCUGCGAAGGAAAUAUCUGUAAUCUACCACUCCCUCGGAAUGAAACUGAUGCCACCUUUGCCACAACAUCUCCUAUAAAUCAGACAAAUUGGCACCCACACUGUAUGUCAGUGAUUGUGUCCUGCCUGUGGGUGUGGCUAGGACUCACCUUAUAGCAGCCCUCUCCACCAAAUGUAGUGGAGCUCUGCGGGGUUCCCUGUGGCCAUCAUAGUCAUGCAUGAGUCAUUGGCCUGUCAGUAGUGACAUAAGGCAACCUCAGCACCCUGGACAUCAUCACAGCCAGGCAUUGCCAUUACCAUGAAGAACAAGCAUUGCUUCAAUGCUCUCAUUUCCAGCCAAACCAAGAGUCCAUGUAAGUCAGCCUGUCCUCAAUACAGACCCUGUUUUCUAUACCACAAGCCUGUGAUUUUGCUCCAAGAAAGAGUUCUACAUUUAUUGAUGUCUCGGGUUCUUGAUUCAGAAUCCAAGCAUGAGCUGCAGGAGGUCCUGGACCCUCUGAGAUGUGAAAAAUAAGCUAUGGCUGUUCAUUUUUCACGAAAAGAGUAAAGAACUUAAUUCAGAUCACAGCUUCACCUGUGGCUUUAGAAUUUUAAAACUUUAAAUCCAAAAUAAAUGGAAUAAUUUCUUUGAGAUUCCAAUGGAGUCCCUGAAAGAGUAGCAAGUGCUUUGCUCAAUUUAAUUUCCCUGGCCUUCUUAUCUUAACACAGGAAAGCAUGUUCCUUCUGCUCUUUGUAGAAGACAAAAAAAGAUAAUUAUAAAAUUUUGUUGUAUUUGUAGAAGUGAUUAAAGACUUCAUAAUGAAAUUAGUAUCCACAAGAGGAAGUUUAUCCCUUCUUAUACCUGGAGAGCUUGGCCUUGACAUGUGAAUUAAUUAUGCUUUUUGAGUUCCUGAAUUCCAGCUGGGUCAGUAGCAUCUAAAAAUUCAUAAAGUGUGAGGUGGGAUUAUUUUCUCCAGGUGUUGCAUUCCUUUCUGAUGUAGCUAAUCUCAUCAGAGAGAGGACUUCAGAAUAAAAGGGAACUUUGUGGAGGUUAGUCCUAGUUCAUUUUGAAGGCCCAGAAAUGGCUAAGAAAAAUUCUCUCACUGUCCAAAGAGUCCUCUUCUUCCAAAACCAAAUGAUUUUAGGGAGACCAUUCUAAAUUAAAUUAUUGGUAGAUCAAUAAGGUAAGAACACAUAUGUUCUAGGAUGAGAAAAAGAUGAACUGUAAGUAGUAUGAUGGCCUAAGGUAUAGUAUUUGUUGCUCUCAGAUACUGCAUUUGAUGUAGAAAAGAUUUUCAUCAUCAGUCAUGUAUUUUCUUAACCUAAAAAUCACAAUGUUUUCUUCUUCUUUGUAAAAUCUUUAAAUUAUACUUAUUUUUGUAUGGCAUAAACUUAAACUAAAAUAUAUUUCAAAAAAUUCUUUUUUUCUGAACAAAAUAUGAAAUUAGAAUGCUUGUUUUCAACAGUUGUGGAGCUUAUCACUCACUCAUGGAGAGUUAUCAAUGAUCCUUGCACUGAUGCUGAAAAAGUAAAUUGGCUAUGAGCCUGAACUGUGUGUUUGCCUCAAGGGUUUUGCUCAUGGUUUCCUCAGAAGCAUUGUUCUAGAAAUACUUGUGUGGAGACUAUCAAUGGCCCAAAUAUCUGUGUGGGGCUGUGGUGUAUGUAUGUAUGUUAGCGUGGGGACUUGGUGGAGCAAUGCCCUGAUGAAGAGGACAAUAUUUCUAAGAUGUAUCUACCCUGCACAGAGACUCAUAAAAUGAGACCCGCUCAGGGACCAAAUAUGAACUGACAGUAGACACUCUGAUACAAGUCAUUGAAGUUGUGUUACACAGCCUUAAUUCAGAGUCUGGCAGGCUUAUCCAUUUCUUGUUUAUAAUUGGGGAAGGGGAAGUCCAGAGAGAAAGGCAUGUAAUAAGCACGUGCCAGGCACUUUGCUAAGCACUUUACAUAGUUAGAACAUAUAAUCCCAUAGCAGUUCUAUAAGGAACAGUACAUAUUUAUGCUUUACAAAUGAAGGCUCUGAGGCUCAAAGAUGUUGGAUAAACGAAGCCUUUUCCUUCAGAUUUUGCUUCUUGUGGGAUGUGACAGGAUUGCAAAGAAUGAGAAGUGGAAUUUCUCUGCUAGGAAAACUCACAGGCCCGACUUCACAGGAAUUUGCCCAUCUUAUUGUGUAGAAUACAUCCUGCUUCUCAGGAUGACAUUUGCAUGUGUCCCCAGUUGAUACUUUUUCUUUGGGGAGUAAGGUUUUAGCUUCCUUAUUUAUCCCUCUUGUGAAAAGAGGAGACAGUUGACCUUGCAUCUAAAGAUGCUUUAAGACAAUGGGAAUUUGAUGUUGUACAUAUCUACACAUACCAUUUUUGUGCAUGGUCACACUCCACUGACAUUUUCCAAGUGCUGCAUGCAAUCUGAACAAGAGACAAGGAACUGACCACAUUAGAGCCUCCCUGGCUGGUUUACAGGGAUAAGGUUCUGAAGGGUACAGAUUGCCUGCCACCUGGGGAGUAAUUGCAGCCACUGUACACAUGUGAUGCAUGCAUCCCUAAUGCUUUUCAAGGUGGCUUUUGUUUAAUUCUCUUGAAAGAAUGUGAUCUGCUCACCACCCCUAGCCUCAAAAGCCAAGGAAGAGCCAUUUAUGUCUAAGGUCCAGGACCAAUUAGCCAUCUGACUAUUCUGUCACUUUAAACUUUCCAUUAAACCUCACCAUUGGUGAUGGCUUGACAUGCAAAGAGCCAUGAUGUGUAUAUUAACCUAUGUGCCACAUAUUUAUUUUUAGAGUCCUUUCAACAUCCAUGUCAAUAUGGGAUUAAUGCCUAAAUGUAAAUAUUGUACACUUUGUAAAUCAAUGAGUAAAAAUUUUAAGUGUGUUUCAUUGUGCUUCUUCCUGCUUGUGUGGAUGUC